AUACAUGACAAUUUUUCUAUAUAAAUAAAGCCAAUAACAUUCUCGAAGAUACAAAUUUCAACUCUCUCACAAACCCAAACCCAAACCAAAACCAAAAUCCAAUAUGAAGAAGACCUACAACAAGUUUCAAAGCAUCUUCUCUUCUCUCAUCAUCCUCAUAAUAAUCCUGCUAUCGGUUUCGAGAGCCGCCGCUACUGGCUCCGGUGGUGUUUGUCGGCAUCCGCCGUCACAAAACAGCUGCAAGACAUGCAUGGCGGAGCAAAUGAUAUACGCCUGCCCUAAGUGCGUGCCGGUGCUCCGUUGCAUGGCUCGUUGCCUUUGGGGCGGUGUGACACAGAGGAAGUGCACCACCACGUGUGGAUGCGACACGGCGGCCAAGCCGUCGCUGCUGGAGUGUAAACGCUGCGUUUCAAGGUGUAAGUGUAGCUGUGCGGCUUAGGAACAAAUCGACUUAAUGCUCUCUUGAUGUUAAAAUAAUGUGUUAAAUGUUGGAUCUUUGUCCGUUUAUUUAUGUAUUUUGAAUCUUUGUCGUUUAACUUGGUGUUGUAUAUGUUGAAUGCUACGACGUAUAGUUCAUAGUUAUACUCGUAUGUUUAAGAGUUAUAUCUCA